AUGCCAGUGCUGUGUACACCUAAAGAAUACAAUAAAUACACCAGGUACACCAAAACGGUUCAGCUCUCUUGGGAGAUGCUGUAUUAUGAGCAGCAGAAAAAGCUGCUGAAAGUCUUUCUGACCUUGAAAGAGAAGGGUGGCAUUCCCUGUAAUAUCCACUUGUCAGAUAUGAGAGACUGGCUUGUCCACAGCGGUGCAGACAUGUGCAACAAGAUGUUCCAGAAACAGUCAGGGAACAGACGGGAUCUGCACCUUGCUAAAUUGACAUGGGAAGUGAAUCGGCGGCUCAAGCUGGAGGAGAUAGAGAGAGAGGUGUGCCGGGAACUACGUCUGGAGCAUUCCUCCAAGAUACCAAUCUCCCACAGAAGCGAGAUUAUGAAAACUGUGGAGUGGGUCCCACCUCCAGACUCUUAUGGACCAGGUCCACGUGACCUCACUUCCCCAUCAGGAGCAUCAAGUGACGGUUUCUACACAUCUUCUAUGACUUUUGACUCUUUUGACUCAUUGUUCAUGGAGACCCCAGAGGAACAACAUGUGAUGCUUUCUUCGGGGGACAGGAAAGCAAUCUUUGACAAUGUCAAGAGUCAUGUCAUCUAUGAAGUCAGGAAAAACCUCCUUCCAGUUCUGAGGAAACGAUUUCAAAAGAAGGAAUCAAGCUCCUCGUCAGGAAGUGGCAGGCCCUCCAGUGAAAACUCUGACCGAAGCCGUAGCAGCUCCUCUUUCCUUUCCACUGACUCUUCUUCUAGCAACAACAACACCAUAACAAUGAUGUUCAGUCCGAGGUCAAGUGCCACCAUUUCUUCCCCUGCCUCUCUUCAUGACAAAGAAAGUGGGAGUUAUGAAUCAUACGUAGGACUGACUUUUUACACGGAAGCUCCUUUUUCAGAGGAGCUUUGUGAUGAAACUUCAGUUAAGAGAUCAGUCACUCCCUCCAGUGCAGUAAAUGCCCAGGAGAGCCCAAUAACCAUAACACCUUCGUCUGAAGCUUUCAGAGCUGAAAGCUUUGUUUUGGAGAUAAUACAUAAUUCGAUCACUUUCUCUGAAACAUCUCAGAAUGAUAUUAACAACUCUGACACUCUUGCUGGAUUCACCAUCAUGUCCAACGAUGUUGUGGACACAACCCUGGACGGCGCAACAGUAGUGUUAGAAAGAGAAGGACUACUCUCUCAGGAUAGAAGCUCCAAUGAAGAGUUUGAUGAUCGCCUUCUGUCUAUCGGACCGUGUAUUACUACUGAUCACCAUGGCACUGAGAUCAAACUUUUGGGUGGCAAGCCAACAGAUGAAGGUAUCAAUAAUUUACUUGAUGAAGAGAAAGAUGUAGAACUGUACACAGGGCAGAUAAUUGAGGCUGUCACACAGGACUUACUAACAAGAUAA